UACACUAAAUACACAUAUACAUAAUAAAUGUGGAUUCAAAUAAUUGAGCUAGUUGCCACUUUAUUUCAUUACCCCUUUUUAUAACCAAAAUACAUGUGCUUUCAUAGUUUAAUUUUCCAUUUCUACAAGUAUUUGGUGUGGGACUUAAGCCAUUGUCUUUCUUAACCUUAUUUGUGAAGAAAUCAUUUAACCACAUUCUAAGGUGGGCAUGUACUCGUACUUAUGUCCUCAUCCUCAAUCAUAAAUAUUUUGUAGCCCUACCCUUUUGGAAUUACCAAGGUUAAUUUUUAUUCUUUAUUUUUAUAAAUUUUUUUAUAUAUGUUUUUUUUUUUUUUACUUUGAGGGGUAGUAAAAAAAGAAUGAGUCUUUCCUUCAUUCCUUAUUGUAUGUUAUGUUUGAUUACAACAUCCUUAAAAAAAAAAAACACUUCUCUACUCCCUAGAAAAAACACCCAUUUAUUCAUAUUUUUUACUUAGCAGUAUAGUUUUUCCUGAUUCCUGCAGGAUUAUAUAUAGCCACAAUAUUACAGUAACCACCCUUAAAUGGAAGAGAACAAGGGAAAGACCCGGCCCCGGCCUCGUUUCACAUCCGAAGAGGCCGGGGAUUCAUCAGUAGAGUGUUCAGGGAAGCAGUGCAGAUCAUGUGCUGCAGCCUUGGUUGCUGACUGUGUUGCUGUCUGUUGCUGCCCUCUCGCUCUCGUCAGUCUGUUAGCUCUUGCCUUUGUUAAAGUACCUUAUUUAGUAGGCAGGAGAUGUCUGAGGAAAAGGAAGAACAGGAAGAGAAAAUGCUGCAAAAUCGGCGAAACUGGAACUAGUAUUGAUAUCAACAGCAGGGAUAUUAGUCUGAUUUCAGGGAGAUUAAGUCAGAGUAAAUCAGAUAUUAUCUUUGAAUUUGGAAAAGAAGGUGAUAAUAUUAACAAUAAUAAUCAAGAGUUGGAAGAAAGAAGAAGCUUUUGUGCUGCAUUUGAAGCUGAUAAAGUAUUAUUUGAGUUGUACCAAGUUGGUCAUUUGGGUUUUGGUAGGGUUUCUUUUACAGGAAUUCAACCUUUUGGUAAGGAAAAUCAAGGGUAAAUUUUAGUUUUUAAGUUUAGUAGUUUAGUUAGAAAAAAAAAAAAAGACCAAAAAAAAGUACAGAAAACUCUGUUUUUUCCUGAGAAGUGAAAAAAAUUCAGGUAUUUUUUACCUAAGGGGAAAAAGUGAGUGUGUUAAUUGUGAAAUUGACUUUGUUGUGAGAUGGACCAAUCAGUGGGGAUUUUAUAGGUUAUAUUGUGCAGUGGUUGGUUAUUUUGAUAAAGUAUUGUACUGUCUAUAAUUGUAAUUUUUAUGAUCAUAUUGAUAUAUUCAUAUUGUUGAUCAUUUUAUGUCUUGAAAAGAUAUGCAAUUUGCUAAGGUGGUUUGUUUUAUAUCAAAGUGGAGAGACAUGCUUUUUUUCAUGGAAGAGUAACAAAGUUUCUUGCU